AUGUUAGAUGAGGUUUCGCUACGGGAGUUUUACGAGUUUGUCUACCCUGUUGAACUCGUAACACAAUGGCUCUCCUACGACUUAUCUGCAGUGGGAAAAAUUUAUGCUGAUAUCGAUGUUGGAUCUACUAACUUUAUUGCUUCUCCACAAUCCGAGUCUGGCAUAACGAAAGAGCAAAGGAAUGUUGCUGCUGAGAAUUAUCUUGCUCGUCGAGAAUUUUGUUUUACACUUCUUGGAGAUAUUUUUACUCGUUUUCGAAGUUAUAGCAGCGCGGCAGAGCUUCGUCGUGAACUUAUUCGUUGCUACCCAGAAAAAAUUGAUGUUGGAGCUGUUUAUACAAUUCGUCCUAAUCAAAAACAGAGUGCGACAAGUAUUCUUCCAGUAGAGCGUGAAUUGGUGUUUGAUAUUGAUAUGAGUGAUUAUGACAGUGUACGUUCUUGCUGUAGUGGGAAGUCUAUAUGCAGAUACUGCUGGACUUGGAUGGCAUGUGCAGCUAAUGUCUUGCGAAGUGUUCUACAGGAAGAUUUUGGAUUUCAAUAUAUAUUACCUGUUUUUUCUGGUCGCCGUGGUAUUCAUUUAUGGGUAUGUGAUAAACGGGCUUGCAAGAUGCACGAUGAUGAACGUACUGCAUUGAUUGGAUAUUUAACUGUGGUAACUCCUAAGGCAUCUCGUCAUGCUGUUGUAGCUGAUUUUGUGAAUGGAAAACCCAUUCACCCCACCAUUCGUCGCGUCCAAUUGGAUGUUAUUGAUCCAGCAUUCACGGAACUCUUCCUACAGUCAUCACCAGAGAAUCCCAACAGUGUUUUACAUCCCAAAGGUGCUAGUGUUGUAUAUCAUGCGAUGGUGUCGGCAUUAAAAAUGGGUUCCCGCCGUGAUGUUGAACAGCGUUUCAUGCAGAAUGUUCCUUUCGAAGAGGGAAAUGUGUUGGAUUGGGGUUAUGUUAUGCGAGUACUCGGGGAUGCUGCGGCUAAUGUUACGGCAGCAGCGCAGAUUAUUUUAAUGUAUCCACGUCUGGAUGAACAUGUCAGUACACGACGUGAUCAUCUCUUAAAGUUGCCUUUCUGUGUACAUCCCGGUACAUCUUCACUUUGCUGUCCACUUGAGUGGGAUGAUAUUCCCUCUUUUGAUCCCGUUUUAGAUGCCCCAAAACUACAAGAUAUGCUUUUACACCGUCACAUGGAUCCUAAAUGGCUCUUGCCAAUGCAACGUAUGUUAGUGGAAAUGAGUAGGGACUCUGAAGAGGAGCGAUAA